AUGGAUGGGCACUUACCCCCGACCCCCUGCACCAGCUCCCCGGGCACUUACCCCCGACCCCCCUGCACCAGCUCCCCGGGCACCUACCCCCGAUCCCCCCUCUGCACCAGCUCCCCGGGCACCUACCCCCGACCCCCCUGCACCAGCUCCCCGGGCACCUACCCCCGACCUCCCUGCACCAGCUCCCCGGGCACUUACCCCCGACCCCCCUGCACCAGCUCCCCGGGCACCUACCCCCGACCCACCUGCACCAGCUCCCCGGGCACCUACCUCCGACCCCCCUGCACCAGCUCCCCAGGCACCUACCCCCGACCCCCCUGCACCAGCUCCCCAGGCACCUACCCCCGACCUCCCUGCACCAGCUCCCCGGGCACUUACCCCCGACCCCCCUGCACCAGCUCCCCGGGCACCUACCCCCGACCUCCCUGCACCAGCUCCCCGGGCACUUACCCCGACCCCCUGCACCAGCUCCCCGGGCACUUACCCCCGACCCCCCUGCACCAGCUCCCCGGGCACUUACCCCCGACCCCCCUGCACCAGCACCCCAGGCACCUGCCCACGACCCCCCUUUGUACUACUGCCCCGGGCACCUUUGCACUAGUACCCCGGGCACCUACGGUCCUGCCCCCUCGGUACCGCCGCCCCGACCCGUGCGGUGCCCAGUGGCUGAGUCAGGCUCAUCCGGACCCCGACAAGCUCCCCCCUGCAGCUGCCUAGCCC